AUGGCGUACGGAUCGGUCAAGAAGACGGCGCCAGACACGGCCGCGCAACAAGAUGCCAGGUCCACGGCGCCGCAUGACGGCAACGGCAGCGCCUCACCUAUCGCCGACGACGCAGCCGCCGACCAGCCGACCACCUUCUGGCGCCGCACCACCGCCUUCUACCACGACAACAUUGGUCUCUUUUUCGUCUUUGUGGCCCAAAUCUUUGCCUCCAUCAUGGCCAUGACCACGCGGCUGCUAGAGACAGGCUUCGACACCAAGUUUCACGCCCUGCAGGUCAUCUUUGUCCGCAUGAUCGUCACGGCCGGCAUCGGCUCCGCGUACAUGUGGUACAAGCAGGUGCCCGACUUUCCGCUCGGCCCGCCGGGCCUGCGCCGUCUGCUGGUGCUGCGCGGCGCGGCGGGCACCGUCGGCCUGUUUGGGCUGUACUACUCGCUUUCGUUUCUGGACAUUUCUGACUCGACCGUCAUCACGUUCCUCGUUCCCACGUUGACGAGCUUUGUCUGCUGGGUCGCCCUGAAGGAACCAUUCACCGCCGUCGAGGGCAUCGCCGGCAUCAUCGCCCUCACCGGCGUGCUCUUCAUCGCCCGCCCCAGCUUCCUCGUUUCCCACCUUCCGUUUGGCCACCCGCACGCCAACCACAGCGUGCACGCGCUCGACGGCGGCGGCAUCUUCAAGCCGGUGCCCGCCACGCCGGCCGAGCGCUCCUUCGCCGUCGUGCUCGCCGUGGCCGGCACUUUUGCCGCGUCCACAGCGUACGCCACGAUCCGCGUCAUCGGCACGCGCGUGCACUCCCUCGUCAGCGUAAACUACUUUGCCGUCACCGCGACCGUGCUCUCCGCCGCGGUGCUGCUCGUCCACCCGGACAUUGGCUUCCAGACGCCGCGCAGCCUCCCGCAGUGGCUGCUGCUGCUGUCCAUUGGCCUGUCUGGGUUUCUGCUGCAGGUGCUCCUGACAGAGGGCCUGCAGCGCGAACGCGCCGGCCGCGCCACGAAUAUGAUUUACACGCAGCUUGUCACAGCGCUCGUCAUUGAGCGUGUCGUCUGGGGCACCACGCCCCCGCUGGAGAGCUUCAUCGGCAGCGCGCUGAUUGUCGGCGCGGCUGUCUGGGUUGGUCUGCAGAAGAAGAUGCCCCAGCCGGAGAGGAAGAAGCCGGCGCCAGAUGAGGAGACGAGCCUCUUGCGCGCCGAGGAGGAUUAA